GGCAAAUACCUCCUCUAGCUGGAAUUUUGCUCGUGCGAACAACUAUCACACCAACCCAGAUUACAAGGAAACAUCAGCCCACAUGGAAACUAAGAAAUACCCUUGCUGAAUAUUGCCAGUCAAGUCGCUCCAACUUCCAGUCUCAGCACCUCUAUCCCGUCAAAACUUUGCCUUUAUCAACCACCAAGAUCGGGUAUCGAUGUUGAGAAACCACGAAACGCCAUGCCGAAUUAUGCCGAAUUAUGCCGCAUGUUUGCGGGCCCCGACGACAUCAACAUCACAAGCAGCAAAAGGGCCAAUCUCGGGCCCGGUGAUUCACGUCCCUAACUCUCAUGCUGCAUGCCCGUUCCUCUUUUGCAUGUUCCGCGACAUCACGCGAGGCUUUACAUCUCAAAAUACAUGCUGGGUAUAUUACCGAGUGGCAGAAGCAAGACUCCGCGAUGUUGUGUCCGCGAGUCUGAAGCAAGCAGUCCUAGUGUCCCCCUUUGCCAUGGCUGCAUGAGGGGAAGAGGCAAGAGUGAGCGGUUUAUCAGUCACGUCGGCAAUGCACGCCAGCCGCGGUGCUUCUCUUGCCCACUCAGCUCGAUCACCCCGCCCCAAAGCCAAUUUCUUGCCUGUCAUCUAUCUGUUCAGCGUCUCCCGCCUCGAAGAGACUUGGACAAUUGUGAACAAAACCUACGGCUAACAAACCCAAACCUCACCAUGGCCGCCCCAGAAACCCAAGACGGAAUCCCCGCCGCCAACACACUACCCGAGCCGCCUGUGCUAUCUGCUGAGGAAGUGUUCGACGCUGUGGGCCCCGCCUACGAAGACGCCUUCGCGGGCAUGCCCGAGCAAGACGCGUCGAUCGAGUGGAUAGUGUCGCAGCUGACGGCGGCGGGUCGGACGGCGGCGCGCGUCGUCGACAUUGGCUGCGGCACGGGGCGGCCCGUGUGCUCGGCGCUCGCGGCGGCAGGCCACGACGUGCUGGGCAUCGACAUCUCGGGGGCCAUGGUUGCGGCGGCGCGGGCGCGGGUGCCAGCGGCGCGAUUCGAGAAGGCCGACGUGCACGCGUUCGAGGCCGCGCCGGGCUCGUACGAUGCUGUGACGGCCUACUUCAGCCUCAUUGCCGGCGAGACCCAGAACAGCAUCCGCCUCGUGCUGUCAAAGGUCUACGACCUGCUGCGGCCCGGCGGACUGUUCGUGUGGGCUACUGUCCCGCUGCCCGCCGACAGCUUGCGCAUCAGCUGGAUGGGCCGCCCCGUGCGCGUCUCGAGCCUCGCUCCCGACAACGCCGUUGCCGCCGUCAAGGCAGCAAGCUUCGACGUGCUCCGCCACGUCCAGACUGUCUUCAGGCCUAAGGCUGCCGAGGCCGGCAUCUGCAAGCCUGAAGAUGUUUGGGACGAGCCGCAUCUGUAUAUCUAUGCCAUCAAGCCUUUCUGA